UGCUGUCUGGGACUAAAAGUGGGAGUCUCUCUGGAGGAGGGGAUGUCAGGGAGGGUGUGCAGCAAUAACAGUGUGAUGCAGGCACGGAGGACUGUGGAACAACUACGAGUGGAGGCAAGCAUGGAGAGGAUCAAGAUCUCCACAGCAGCUGCCCAGCUGGUGCAGUACUGUCAGGAGCACAGUCGCAGUGACCCCCUCCUCACCGGCAUCUCUGCCUCCUCCAACCCCUUCAAAGACAAGAAGACCUGUGUCCUGCUGUAGAAAGGCUGCCCCAGGUCACUGCUCUCUGGUGCUGCAUUCAACAGUGCUUCAUCAUCAGUGAAACGUUUUGAUGCCAGGCUACUUCAACAUGUCCUACUUCAACAUGCCAGACGUGUUGGCUAAAGCAAAAACUGACUGGAUGGUACAGAAUGGGUCACGUUGUAACUUCAGCAUGUGGCUUGCAGUCCAGAAUGUCUCAAUAACAAAGGAGAGCAAACUGUUUAUAUCUUCUUGACAUUACAGAGGGUACACUGGUAAACAAUGAAUUGAUUGAGUGUAAACAUUUUAUUCAUAACAAAAGAAAUCACACAUUGCAUAUUUACAAAAUCUGAAUCAUUUGGGUAUUUCUAUGCAGUCAGAGGACUCUUGCAGCAGGUGAAGAAGGGUCGCAGAUAAGGAGUUGGCAUGGAGAUUGAUUGUUGCUAAGGACAGUGUGUGUAAUAAAAUAAACUUGUAACAAAUAAUUAGUGAACAAUGCAGUACUAUUGGGUUUUGCACUCAAAUGAGCCACUUGAGCGAGGUUGAUGUGUGUAACGCUUUCCUACAGCGCUUUCCUCAACAGUGCAGAAUUAAAUAAAAACGUUAAGAGUUGGUAAAGUAGUUACACUAAGAGAAAAUGACAAAGAGAAAGAACUCAAAACAGUGUAAUUGACAAACAAGUGCUGUGGUACUGAGUAUAAGAACGCCACUACACACAUUAUGACAGUUAGACCAAAAUACUUUACAAUCAGUGUGUCAGAACAGCUUGACUGAUUCUUUCCAUUGUGUUUCCGAAUCUGUUUCAAUUGUCAAAGAGAAAAAUACUUCAUCUAUUUUCUAGAGACCAACUGUCUGGAAUGCUGGUGGCGGAACGUCCUCAUUUUAAUUAACAAGCUAAAACCAGGCCAUUGCAAAAUCAAGUCAUGUACAAGUGUUUAAAACCCUUCAGUAGUGCUGUGCCUCAAAUUAACUCCCAAAUCCAGUUUAUGUGAAAUCGUUUGAACGAGUGCUGGGUCAACAACACAGGGACACAGACAGAACUACACCAUGAAG